GGAGGAGGUGAAGGAGGAGGAGGUGGGGGGCUGCGGCGGCCGCGGGACCCACACUCGGCGCCUCGGCCUCUCCGCCCCCUCCCCAGCUUUUCUUUCGCCCGCUCCUCUCCCGCUCCGGACCGGCGCCUCGGCUUUGUGCGAGGAGAUGGUGUAGCCCCGCGGCCGCCUGGAGGAGGAGCUGGACACUUGUCUGCCGGCCCCGAGCUGCGUCCCCGCCCCUGGAGGAGAGACCCCCCCGCUCGGCUCGGCGCCUCCCGCGUCUCCCGGCUGCUGGGGAAGCCUCGGCGCGGCCGGCACCAUGAGUGAACAGAGUAUCUGUCAGGCAAGAGCUGCUGUGAUGGUUUACGAUGAUGCCAAUAAAAAGUGGGUGCCAGCCGGUGGUUCAACUGGGUUCAGCAGAGUUCAUAUAUAUCACCAUACAGGCAACAACACAUUCAGAGUGGUGGGCAGGAAGAUUCAGGACCAUCAGGUUGUGAUAAAUUGUGCCAUUCCUAAAGGAUUGAAGUACAAUCAAGCUACACAGACCUUCCACCAAUGGCGGGACGCUAGACAGGUGUAUGGUCUCAACUUUGGCAGUAAAGAAGAUGCCAAUGUCUUCGCAAGUGCCAUGAUGCAUGCCUUAGAAGUGUUGAAUUCACAGGAAACAGCCCAGAGCAAGGUUACUGCUACCCAGGACAGCACUAAUUUGCGAUGUAUUUUCUGUGGGCCAACAUUGCCUAGGCAAAAUUCACAACUACCUGCCCAAGUUCAGAAUGGCCCAUCACAAGAAGAAUUGGAAAUUCAAAGAAGGCAACUGCAGGAGCAGCAGCGACAGAAGGAGCUGGAGCGGGAGCGGCUGGAGAGAGAGAGAGUGGAGCGGGAGCGCCUCGAGCGCGAGCGCCUCGAGCGGGAGCGGCUGGAGAGGGAGCGCCUCGAGCAGGAGCAGCUGGAGCGGGAGCGGCAGGAGCGGGAGCGGCAGGAUCGCCUGGAGCGGGAGCGGCUGGAGAGACUGGACCGCGAGCGGCAGGAGCGAGAGCGGCAGGAGCAGCUAGAGAGGGAGCAGCUGGAGUGGGAGCGAGAGCGGAGAAUAUCGAACGCCGCUCCAUCCUCCGACAGCUCCCUGUAUAGUGCUCCACUUCCUGAGUAUGCCAGUUGCCAGCCUCCUUCAGCACCUCCUCCAUCAUACGCUAAAGUCAUCUCAGCUCCAGUAUCAGAGGCCACUCCUGAAUACGCUGUAGUGACCGCUUUGCCACCUACUUCCACACCCCCUACACCACCACUUCGACACUCCGCGACACGUUUUGCGACAUCUCUAGGUUCAGCCUUCCACCCCGUUCUUCCCCACUAUGCUACAGUUCCUCGUCCUCUGAACAAAAACUCUCGACCUUCUUCUCCUGUGAACACACCCUCUCCUCAGCCUCCAGCUACGAAGCCCUGUGCCUGGCCUACUUCCAAUUUUUCCCCCCUCCCUCCAUCUCCUCCAGUAAUGAUUAGCAGCCCCCCAGGCAAAGCCACUGGUCCGAGGCCUGUCCUCCCCGUCUGUGUCUCUUCUCCUGUGCCCCCGAUGCCCCCCUCGCCAACAGCGCCCGACGGGCUGCUCGACCCCGUCCCGCACCCCGUGUCUCCGCCGCCUACCUCGGGGCCGCCGCCGCCGCCGCCGCCUCUGCCUCCCCUGGCGCCACUCUCACACUGUGGAUCUCAAGCUUCUCCUCCUCCGCCUCCGAGCACCCCUCUUGCCUCAACUCCCUCAUCCAAGCCUAGUGUUCUCCCUUCUCCCUCUGCAGCUGCCCCUGCCUCUGUGGAGACUCCUCUAAACUCUGUGCUGGGAGACUCCUCUGCUCCUGAGCCAGGCUUGCAGGCAGCCUCUCAGCCGGCCGACACUCCAGCCCAGCAGGGCAUUGUCUUGGGACCACCUGCACCUCCACCCCCUCCUCCACUCCCGCCAGGUCCUGCCCAGGCACCAGCCAUACUCCCUCCUCCCCCAGGACCCCCUCCACCCCCUCCACUCCCUUCCUCAGGGCCUCCGCCCCCGCCUCCUCCACCGCCUCUUCCCAAUCAAGUUCCCCCUCCUCCUCCUCCACCUCCUGCUCCUCCCCUCCCUGCAUCUGGAUUUUUUUCGGGAUCCAUGUCUGAAGACAAUCGCCCUUUAACUGGACUUGCAGCUGCAAUUGCUGGAGCAAAACUUAGGAAAGUGUCACGGAUGGAAGAUGCCUCUUUCCCAAGCGGAGGGAACACCGCUGGUGUGAAUUCGGCCUCAUCUAAAACAGAUACAGGUCGUGGAAAUGGACCCCUUCCUUUAGGGGGUAGUGGUUUAAUGGAAGAAAUGAGUGCCCUGCUGGCCAGGAGGAGAAGAAUUGCUGAAAAGGGAUCAACGAUAGAAACAGAACAAAAAGAGGACAAAAAUGAAGACUCAGAGCCUGUAACUUCUAAGGCCUCUUCAACAACUACACCUGAACCGACAAGAAAACUUUGGGAAAGAACAAAUACAAUGAAUGGCAGCAAGUCACCUGUCAUUUCCAGACGGGAUUCUCCAAGGAAAAAUCAGAUUGUUUUUGACAACAGGUCCUAUGAUUCAUUACACAGACCAAAAUCUGCACCUUCGUCACAGCCCAGUGCCAACGGAGUCCAGACGGAGGGACUGGACUAUGACAGGCUGAAGCAGGACAUUUUAGAUGAAAUGAGAAAAGAAUUAACUAAGCUAAAAGAAGAGCUCAUUGAUGCAAUCAGGCAGGAACUGAGCAAGUCAAAUACUGCAUAGAGAAACAAACUAAGGAGAGACAGGACUUUAAUCUCGAAAAAGAAGAAAAUAAAAACCUGCAAAGAACAACUGUUAGCAACAACAAGACCCUUACAUUUUGUGAGCUGUGAGAAGAAAAUGGAGAUACACAGUCAGAAGGAGGGAAAAACCAACAUACUUUGAAAGCCUUCAAACAUUACUACUCCGGCGGAUAAGCUAUUUCCCUCCCAGUUUGCUGCUUUUUUCUGACCUUUACAACAGGAUGGAAGAGAGUCGUAUAGGAGUUCCUGUAUCAGUUAUGCAGAAAAUUACUAAACCUGUCAGGCAAGAUCACCGUGCAUUGAAAAUAUUUUCAUGUCAAGAGAAAAUUGCACAUUUUCCACAGUCCAUUGCUAAAAUAAAGAGGAGAAAGGCUUGAGAAGUUUUGUUUUUCAGAGAAUGCUGAUGAAGAAUUUAGCAAGUGAUGCUAUUGUAUUGUAAAUGUUUCUCUCAGGUUUGUCUUCCUAUCAUAUUUGAUAUUCCAUGGAUAAUUGAGGUCAGCCCUGUGUAGGUUAAGAUCAUAAAAUGUGGAACAAAUGGAAUUGUAUGUGCUUUCAAAAGGUGACAUUUAUAAGAAAGUGUCCUAAAAAUGAUUUGUCCAGAGUGAGGAAUUUUAGAAUGAUAGGAGGUCUCUCGAGUUUAGCCUUCAUGCAAUUUUGUAGAUUCAAACAUAAAAUUCAUCCAGAAUUUAAAGAUUUAGAUGCCUUCCUAAAUUGUUACAAUGCUUUACCAAAUCUAUGACUCCUACAUAACACAAACCAGUGGUCAAAUGUAAAACAAUAUAUUGUAGAUUUACUGUAGGUUUUCAAUCUUUUUUAGAUUUAUGCAUGUGGACAUUUUUAUAAUGUAAUUACAACCACCACAAAAAUUAGCUUUUUUAAUUGCAGACAGUAAUGCAUGUUAAACUAAUAUGUAGUGGCCUUUUCAAGGCCUAGUCCCAGGGAAAACAUUUUGUAGAGUAUAGGGAGUGGGAGGAGGGGAAGGAAUAAUUUUUUAUUUAAAGUUAAUUUCUGCACUAUCUUUUUUCUCAGUUAUCUGCAUGAAUAAUGAUGAGGAAUAUUUUGUGACUUUAAUUGGUAAAUAUGUUAACAGAACCAAGUACUUAAUCUUUUACAUCAUGUCUUCAGCUAUUUGUAUUUUAAUUCAGUAACUUCAAUGGUCUGAAACAUGAUUCUGAGCUUCACAUGAAUUCUGUCUUACUGUGGAAUUCAAGCGUUCGAUCCCUGAAUCUGGCAGUUAUUACCUAGGUGCCCUGCAGUUAUCCAGGUGUUCAUUCCUGACUUCAGAGCUGCUUUCGGACUUUUAUGUUGAAAUACUAGAAAAGUAGCAACGAUGGCAGCAGUUAAGGUCACAGAAAUCAUCGGAUAAAGGGAAAAAUGACGAGGGGUCCUGCAUAAUUUUCUUUUAAUAACUAAAGUAAGACUUAGGUGGUAGGAAGAAGGAACUAGAUGCUCUACUUACCACCAUGUGCGUGUGUGUGUGUGUGUGUGUGUUUGUGUGGGCACUCACGUGUGUGUGUGUAUAAUGCACUCCCUUUUCUUUGAAACUUCUAAGAUUAAAAUAGGGGAGAAAUCCUGUAUGUUACAAUGAUAGCAUUUUUUGAAAAUCUAGGAAAUCAAAAAUUCUCCAGGCUCUCCAUCUUGGUUUAUGCUUGAGUUAUGUGCCAUAUUUGCUUUGAAAUCUUUGAUUAUCUGUAGUUUUACUAAAAUUUUGAAGAAAUAAUCCACUGUUGUCUGCUUUCUGGAUUUCUUAAUCUACCUUCAUAAGACAGAGCUUGUUGAUAGCAUAGUUUUCUAAAUGCAGGUUUGCAGCCAUCACCACUUCAACGAGGUUUGAAUGAGGAAAUUUUUUUUUUCUUAUUAAAACAGUUCCUGUUUCUGUAGAAACUUCGUUUUUAGAUUAAUCUGUGAUGGAUGAGCUAUCAUAAUUCAAAUAUGCAGUUCUUUUUCUAUCAGCUGUUCAUUGUCAUCCAACAGUAAAGACAUUAAAGAUGCAGCAAGCUUAAAAAAAGUACUACUUUCUUAAAGAAAUAGGAGGCAUUUCCAUCUUUUUUACUGUACUUUUGGUUAUGCAAACACUUUGGAGAUAUAAAUGUUUAUGUCCCCCAUAAAUCUGGUCAGAAAUCAUUUUUGAUUUUGUUGAUUAAGUUAAACAGUAGGAUAGAGUACUGGGUACAAGUGGUCCAAAGUAAGAUAAAAGUCUACGCUAAAAAUGCUAGAUCUUGAAGAAGAAACUGGUUUAUGCACUAAACGUUUUGUGCCUUGGUCUAAAUAUUAACAUGUCUGUGUAAAAUGACAAAAAGAACCAGUGUUGAAUCAUGUUUUAUUUCCUGUCAUUCUGCUUUAUCCCAGACUGCUAAAUGUGUUCUUUCCAAGAAGUUUGAUUGAAUUACUGUGUACAUUUACUGUCCUGUGUGACAGUUUUGUCAUUGUUAGAGAUUUCAGUAAUUAAAAUGGGAAACAGAAGCUUAUUUUCCUUAUCAAAACUAUGUUCCUUGGAGCCACGUUAUUAUGAUGGUUUUCGUGCUCUUGUACAUUGGAUGUCUUAAGCUGAGUGCAGUUUAGGGGAUCCUUUCUAAUUACAGGAAGGUGGUACUUUCCUUUAACACUGUGAUCUGACCUGUGACAAAUCUGUAUUACACACUAUGUAAAUGGCUAACAAGUCAAUUGCAAACCAACUGAAUGUACAAACCUUAGUGCUGGUGCUGAAAUCUCUUCAGAAUAGUCAUCAUGAUCUAAAAGUUUGUUUCAGAAUUUGCAAGUAUCAAGUGUCAAUCAAAACUGAAGAUGAAACACUAAUGAAUGUUGAAUUCUCAUGCUUUAGGUGUACUUCCUUUAUAGUUUUUGUUUCUCUGCUAUGUUUACCAUACUGUUCCAUUUAAAUUUCCUACACGCUAACUUCGUUUGUGCGAUUGAAAUAAAAUUGCAGUAUAUACA